GCACAUUCUGUCACAAGGUAAUGGUUUCCUUUGCAGGGAGUGUGGAAGGAAUUCUGGGGACACACAGUGAUGGGGACAAGGCAGAGCUCCACAAAGUCAUUUGAAACUCGACCCGGACAUGUCCCUCCGUCUGGAUGAGACUCAGGGGCCAAAAUUACUUCUUUCCCACAGCUGAGCUCUAUUAAUAUCCCUGAGAGAGCUGCUGACACCCCGGAGGGCACCGAGCGGCUCCGAUCCUCCGAACCUUUCCCAACCGUCCACAGAAAAUUAUUAUAAAUCUCCACCACGUAAAUAUGGGGUUCCUCGCAUUUCUGAUAUUGCCGCUGCUCAUCCUGGGAAUCAGCGGAAUUAUCUAUAUAUAUCGGGAGGUUGUGCGGCUGAUGUCGCGGUCAGCGUUGAAGAAUAAAGUGGUUGUCAUUACGGAUGCCAUAUCCGGGUUGGGAAAAGAAUGUUCCAGGGUGUUCCAUGCGGCUGGGGCGCGGCUCGUCCUUUGCGGGAAAACAUGGGAGAAGCUGGAAGCGCUACAUGACGCCUUGAUAAGUGUCGCUGAUCCGAGUGUGACCUUCACACCCAAGCUGGUCCUCCUGGACAUCAGUGAGGUCAGUGAGAGCGAGGCGAUCGGAAAGGAGAUCCUGGACUGUUACGGCUGUGUAGACGUCCUAAUCAAUAACGCCAGUAUGAAGAUCAAGGGGCCGGCGCAGAGCGUGACUCUGGAACUGGACAAGAGAAUCAUGGACGCCAACUAUUUCGGCCCCAUCACCCUAAUCAAAGCGAUUCUGCCGCAUAUGAUUUCCAGAAGAACCGGUCAGAUUGUCCUGGUGAACAAUAUACAGGGGAGGCUGGGAGUUCCCUUCCGAGCCGCAUAUGCCGCCUCUAAGCACGCAAUCCAAGGAUUCUUCGACUGUCUCCGCGCUGAAGUGGAAGAGUUUGAUGUGUUUGUCAGCACUGUGAGCCCCACCUUCAUCCGAUCGUACCAUACCCAGCCCGAGCCCGGCAACUGGGAGGCCUCCAUUUGGAAAUUCGUUUUCAGGAAGCUCUCCUAUGGCGUGCACCCCGUAGAAGUGGCGGAGGAAGUUUUGCGCACGGUCAGCAGGCGGAAGCAGGAAGUCUUCAUGGCCAAUCCCAUCCCCAAAGCCGCCAUUUACGUCCGAACCUUCCUGCCGGAAUUAUUCUUCGCUGUGGUCGCCACGGGUGUGAAAGAGAAACAUUUCGUGGAGGAGGAGAAGUGAAUGUCGCGAUAUGUCGUGAUAUUGGCGAGGAGAAGCCAUCUGACGGUCCUGCUGAAUUCUGAACAUUGAUACAAAUAUCUUGCUGUUAUUGUGUUCUAUUACCACACUCACUGUUGGUGCUUUGGGCUUAUAUAUAUAUUUUAUAUGUAUAGUGUAUAGCGAAUUAUAUAACUAUGUAUAGAAGAGGGUCAGGCGUUGUGCAGUCUGGUCACAGGCAGCCAAUAAAUGGGCAAGCUGUGUGGAACUGCAAGUCCCAGCAUGCUCUGGGGGCUUGCUAGGACUUUAUUAACAGCUGAACAUCUAGGGCCAGAUCCACGUACCCUGGCGCAUAUUUCCGUCGGGCGUAGCGUAUCUAAGAUACACUACGCCGCCGU